AUGGGAGACCAGAAGCUAUGUGGGGCAUUUGGCCUAGUACUCACCAGAUUGAAACCUUACUUGGCUAUGGUCUCCCUCCAAUUUGGGUAUGCAGGGAUGUAUAUAAUCGCCAUGGUUUCUUUGAAUCGUGGCAUGUCUUCUUGGGUACUGGUAGUGUACCGCCAUGCAGUUGCCACACUAGCCAUGGCUCCAUUUGCACUUCUUCUUGAAAGGAAGAUCAGGCCAAAGAUGACAAUCUCAAUCUUCCUGAAAAUAAUGCUGCUCGGCUUACUAGAGUUGGAGAGAGUUAAAAUGAAGCAGAUACACAAUGUAGCAAAGGUGGUCGGAACAGUCAUUACAGUCACCGGAGCAAUGGUGAUGACUUUGUACAAAGGUCCAAUUGUUGAUAUGUUAUUCUCAGAAGGGGGAGGAGGAGGAAGCCACCAUAAACACAGCAGUAGCUCUUCUGGUCAGCACUGGACCACCGGGACAAUAAUGCUCCUUUCCUGUGUUUGUGGUUGGUCUUGUUUCUUCAUACUGCAAUCAAUUACCUUGAAGGAGUACCCUGCAGAGCUCUCUCUCACAGCUUUGAUAUGCUUGUUUGGCAUGGUUGAAGGUGGAGCAGUGGCACUUGUCAUGGAAAGAGACAUGAGUGCUUGGGUAGUUGGUUUCGACUUCAGGCUUCUUGCUGCAGUCUAUUCUGGGAUAGUUUGCUCUGGAAUUGCAUACUAUUUACAAAGUAUGGUGAACAAGGCUCGAGGUCCAGUGUUUGUAACUGCGUUCAGCCCUCUCAGCAUGAUCAUCACGGCCAUUCUAGGGGCCUUAUUUUUGUCCGAGCAAGUUCACCUCGGAAGUUUAAUUGGAGCCAUCAUCAUUGUCAUCGGUCUGUACUCAGUGGUGUGGGGAAAAAGCAAAGAUCAGCCAAGUUCCAUGAACUCCAUAACCAGUGAGAAUGGCCAAUCCAAUGAAUUGCCAGUAGUUAACACCACCAAAUCCUGCGUUAAGGUUGGUGGUGAUGGCAUUGAUGGACCAGUAAAGAGUUGUCUACCACAGGAGCCAUGA